ACACACACACACACACACACACACACACACACACACACACACACACACACGGUCCUGCUGUGCUCAGCCAUAUCCGUGAUCAGCACCCGGGACAGCGCCAUCCGCCCACGUGCAGGGGGCGGGGUCCCGGCUCCACGUCUCCAGGAGGGUCCUGUCAGGCCAACCAGCAGGGGGGGCUUGAGCGCUUGGGUGCCUCUACAGGAAGCACAGUAGGAUCUCGACGCCAUGUUCCCGGAACCCCCGACCCUGGGGCCUCCAGCACCUGAGGCCCCUCCAGACUCCAGUCGCAUCCGCCAGGGCGCAGUGCCUGCCUGGGCCCUGGCCACCAUCGUGCUGGGCUCAGGCCUCCUGCUCUUCAGCGGCUGUUUCUGUCUCUACCGGAAGCGAUGUCGGAGGCGGAUGGGCAAGAAGACCCAGGCCCAAGCCCAAGUCCACCUUCAAGAAGUGAAGGAGCUAGGCCGGAGUUACAUAGACAAGGUUCAGCCCGAAGUGGAGGAGCUGGAUCCCACACCGUCUCUGCCAGGACAGCAGGUAGCAGAAAAGCAUGACUUAGGCCGACUACAGUACUCACUGGACUAUGACUUCCAGACUGGUCAGCUCCUGGUGGGCAUCUUGCAAGCUGAGGGACUGGCAGCGUUGGACCUAGGAGGUUCCUCAGACCCCUAUGUUAGUGUCUACCUGCUGCCGGACAAGCGGAGGCGGCAUGAGACCAAGGUGCAUCGGCAGACACUGAACCCACACUUUGGGGAGACCUUUGCCUUCAAGGUCCCAUACGUAGAGCUGGGGGGCAGGGUGCUUGUCAUGGCAGUGUAUGACUUUGAUCGCUUCUCCCGCAACGAUGCCAUUGGGGAGGUACGGGUCCCCAUGAGCUCCGUGGACUUGGGAAGGCCUGUGCAGGCCUGGCGAGAGCUGCAGGCAGCUCCCAAAGAGGAGCAAGAGAAACUGGGGGACAUCUGCUUCUCUCUCCGCUAUGUUCCCACUGCUGGGAAGCUCACCGUAAUUGUCCUAGAAGCUAAAAACCUGAAGAAGAUGGACGUAGGUGGUCUCUCAGAUCCAUAUGUCAAGGUGCACCUGCUACAGGGGGGCAAAAAGGUGCGGAAGAAGAAAACCACCAUCAAGAAGAACACACUGAACCCUUACUACAACGAGGCCUUCAGCUUUGAGGUGCCCUGUGACCAAGUCCAGAAGGUCCAGGUGGAGCUGACUGUAUUGGACUAUGACAAGCUGGGCAAGAAUGAAGCCAUCGGGAGAGUAGCAGUGGGCGCAGCAGUUGGUGGGGCUGGGCUGCGGCACUGGGCAGACAUGCUGGCCAACCCCAGACGACCCAUCGCCCAGUGGCACUCGCUGAGGCCCCCUGACCGAGCUAGGCCACUGGCUGCACCCUGAUUUCCCUCCAGCAAGCACCUGGAUCCCUUGAGCCCAGGCCCCUGAGCCUCUCCCACACCCUCCCAACAACCGUAGCAUCUGUUCCUGUCUUUUCACCCCGACUCGGGAUAGGUUUCCAACUCCCAAUCCCCCCAUACCCAGAAACCCCAGGGAUCCCUGGGAGGGAAAGUCUGGCACCCCUGCCCCAGGGUCCCACCCUCUGCUCUGACAAUCAACUGAAAAGUCCAUUAUCCCCUUUCCCCCAGUCUGUUAGCUCAUUUCCACACAGCUUGACCCCUGCACUGCUCCUAGGGUCAAAUAAAUAUUCAACAGCUUGGA